GCAGUUGUAGCAGAAGCCUCCACAAGUGGUGAAUCGAAAGAAACAGAAAUGGCUGAAGUUUCCAAAAAUCCUGGAAAACGUUCGAAGAAGAGUUCAAAGACUGAUGUAUCACCUGAAGACGUAGAUAUGGAAGAAGAAUCAAACACAUGAGAAUAAACAGCCUGUAUAUAUAUAUUUUCUCAGUUGGUCGUGCAAAAUUUAUAAUUUAAAGGGUUAAUGUCUCGAGUUGUGGGGGUAUGAAGGUAACGUUUUAACAUGUGGAUCUUAAUUGAUACCAGGCCCUGCCAUGAUGAGGGGGUGGGGGUUAUGGUUUGGGCAAUCACUCUCACUCCUACCCGCGUGUGCCACGUUUUAGGUGUCCAGUUAUUUGAUCACCCAUAUUGUGAAUAAUAUCAUAAUUUAUUGUCAUUGAGAAAUGCCACAUGGGUCAACCCAGGAGGUGUGUUUUUCAUGGUGUACACUUUAAAACGGAAGGGAUAAAAACUAUUUGGUGAAGGGUCAUUGGCGCAGUCCAAUCGUUGCCCAACAAGCACAGUGAAACAGGCUUAUGAUAGAUGAAGCUUGAAAUGAAAGUUGUGAAAACACUUGAAUAUUUUCUUCUAUGGCCCUGUUUAAUGAAGAGCUUUUACCAUGAUAGUGAUCCCAGGAAACGUGUGCGAACGGUGAAAAAAAUGGUACGUGUACAUGACAAAUUUUCACGUACUUGUGAGUUGUUGCACAUUUGCACCUGUUUUUCACGAGUGUACAUGCCAUAAUUAGACUGUUAUCACAUGUGCGACUGUGAGUCCUGCUUGCUUGCGUUCGCACGUGCUAGUGUUUUUGUCCGUAUGUGUGUUAAAAAAAAAAAAAAAAGCUGGCGUUUCAGGUAGUUUAAUAUGGUGGAGACACCUACAAUGGCAAUUAGACGCUAUAUAUAAUUUCACAGUUUAAACACCAAUCGAAUUAAUAAAUCAGAUUAUUACCGAUGCUCCUAAUGUUGUACAUGCUUGCACAGGUGAGAACGUGAUCUCUAUCAACUGGGCUUAUUACCAAUGCACAUAUUCCAUUACAAACUUACAAACAAAGGUCCUGUCUUUUACUCCUGGAAUAGUUGUUGCCGAUGCACGUAAUGCAGUACAUGCUUGCACAGGUGAGAACGUGAUCUCUAUCAACUGGGCUUAUUACCAAUGCACAUAUUCCAUUACAAACUUACAAACAAAGGUCCUGUCUUUUACUCCUGUAAUAGUUGUUGCCGAUGCACGUAAUGCAGUACAUGCUUGCACAGGUGAGAACGUGAUCUCUAUCAACUGGGCUUAUUACCAAUGCACAUAUUCCAUUACAAACUUACAAACGAAGGUCCUGUCUUUUACUCCUGGAAUAGUUGUUGCCGAUGCACGUAAUGCAGCACAUGCGCUACAUAACCAAUUUGAUAUCUAUCACUUAGAACUGUUAAUAUCGAUAUACGUAAUGCUGUACAAACUUGUACAUGUAUAGGCCCAACAUAACCAAUUUGAUAUCUAUCAGUUAGAACUGUUAAUAUCGAUAUACGUAAUGCUGUACAAACUUGUACAUGUAGAGCCCUGCAUAAAAAAUUUGAUAUCUAUCAGUUAGAACUGUUAAUAUCGAUAUACGUAAUGCUGUACAAACUUGUACAUGUAUAGGCCCUGCAUAAAAAAUUUGAUAUCCAUCAGUUAGAACUGUUAAUAUCGAUAUACGUAAUGCUGUACAAACUUGUACAUGUAGAGCCCUGCAUAAAAAAUUUGAUAUCUAGCAGUUAGAACUGUUAAUAUCGAUAUACGUAAUGCUGUACAAACUUGUACAUGUAUAGGCCCUGCAUAAAGAAUUUGAUAUCUAUCAGUUAGAACUGUUAAUAUCGAUAUACGUAAUGCUGUACAAACUUGUACAUGUAGAGCCCUACAUAAAGAAUUUGAUAUCUAUCAGUUAGAACUGUUAAUAUCGAUAUACGUAAUGCUGUACAGAACCUGUAGGCCCUAUAUAAAGAACGUGAUAUCAGCUGGAGUCGUUUAAUACAUUUGAUGCAAUAUCUGUUUGUACAGAUGGACCCAAGGUAUAAAGGUAAUAUCAGUUAAACAGGUGGAGAUGCACGUAAUGCUGUGCAUACACGUACACUUUUAACAUCAUUCGUCUUGGCAUUACCUUGCUUGGAGAUCAACAUAACAGGAAAAGAAGAUUGUGUCAGUAUAAUGUGACUUAGUGCAGCGUCAUGACUGGUGUCUUCAACAUGACUUUUCAGUGAGGCAGCGCUAUAAAUAUGUCGACAUUGGGUUCUACCUACUACAAAGAUUGAUGCACCGUCGUGAUAUGACUGAUAUUAGGUUGAAAGUGACGUAAAACCUCAGUCAAAUAAAUAUACGCGUCAAUACGGCUUCAGUAGCCAAAUGGUUAGAUCGACGAAGUGGGGAGACGCGAGAUCAAGUAGGGGUCGGGUCAUACCAAAUACUUUUAAAUGGCACUUUAUGAUGCCUCGCGUUCAGCACAGAGUUUAGUCUGGUUAUGACUGGUUGGCCUGCAGUCAGUAUAGUGUGACAGGGUGGGGUGUCAUGUCUGGUGUCUUCGGUAUGACACAUCAGUAAAGGCAGCACUUUUUCGGCAUGGGCUUGCUCUGCCAUAACACACGGUAUAGGUAUAUAAAAAAAAACCUAAUGACUCCUAGUUGUCAAUUGACAGAAAAAAUUUUUAAAUACGACGUAAUACCCUAAGCAUGCGUAGACACUUCUUUUCAAUCCUGUAUCAACCUGUCCGCUUUUUUUUAUAUUGCCUGUACAAGUAAUCCACGUAGACCCUAUGUGUCAACCCUGCAUCCGCCAAUCAGGGUUUGAUAUAUAGGCCUGUAUACGGAUACACGUAACCCGUUGUGCGGACACGUAGGACCCUCAUAUUAUGGGAGCGUAAUAUGAUUUGUUUUACCGGAAAAGUUAUAAAGAGUGGUACGAUAGCGACGUGAUGAAAUGUUGGGCUCUGUUCCGAAAAUAUCUGCGCAUUAAUUAGUGGCAAGCUGCAGUAAAGUACAUAAAAUUAUAUGCAUAUAGUCGCUUAUAAGCUAUACUGGUUAUGGUUGACUGCCCAUGAGAGUGAUGUGAUUUUUUUUUAAUCCCAUAUACAGUUUUGACGGCUCAUCUGCAGUCAGACAGUUUAACUUUCGGUGAGCGUGCGUGGAUGUUUGUACGGUCACUGCAGCUAUAUACAUACACAUAUCGUAGUGUUGCUGUAGAAUUGUGGAUAAGAUACACCGCAAAAUGAGCAGGUCAUUCAAAGAUAAGGUCGUUAUUGUUACAGGUUCCAGUUCCGGUGUCGGUGCGCAUGCUGCGAUCUACUUCGCAUAUAAUUACGCCAGUGUCGUGUUGACUGGGCGGAAUGUUGAGCGGUUGAAUGAAGUCUUCCGCAAAUGCAAGGAGUCCGGUGUUCCCAGAGAGCGGUUGCUUGUGAUCCAGGCUGACGUCACAAGGCGUUCAGAACUGGCAAGGAUUGUUGAUGAGACUGUUAAAAAGUUUGGCAAAAUCGACAUCCUGAUAAACAACGCGGGAGAGGGCAAAUUUGGGGGACUUAUGCAAUCUACAGCGGAUGAUUUUGACAAAUGUAUGGAGACAAAUGUUAAAUCGGUGUUAAAUCUUACCAAGUUAGCCACGCCACAUCUUAUCAAGACAAAAGGAAACGUUGUCAAUGUGUCGAGUUUAUUAGGGUCAAUUUCGGUACCAGCAGCGUUGGUCUACUCCAUGGCGAAGGCUUCCAUCAACCAAUUUACAAAGUGUGUCGCCAUGGAGUUGGCGCCUCACGGUGUUCGUGUAAACGCUAUUUGUCCGUCUUAUGUUGAGGACACGCGGUUUAUAGAAGGGUCUCUGCUGAAUAUCCCGGACAUUGAAACGUUCAACCAGUCCAAGGAACGCCAGCAUCCUCUACACCGCAACGUCCGCAUGGAAGACUGUACGAAAGCCAUAGCAUUCCUGGCGUCAGAGGACGCGGCGUUCAUCACCGGAACGCUAUUGCCGAUUGACGGCGGCCGGAAGUGUACCGACGUCUCGUACGCUGGACCGAUGUUGUCGUCAAACAGAUAGUGCAAACAUCCAGGACAAUUAGGCGACAGUUCCACUUAGUAGAGAUUCUUUAUCCUUCCUUUUUGUCCCGGCCUCUGGCCUUUAGGCGGGACAGAGGCCUGUUGGCUCUGAAACUCAGUUACCUCAUCGGUAGUUCAUCACAAGGCAUUCUUGGUAAAAUCCGGGCCCAUGCCCAGUUGCAAUGUUAGGAAAGGUGUCCUUCAAGUUGUCGACACAAAAUUUGGCACACGGUGGGGCAUGUUUACAGAGACAUUUUAGCAGCCACUGAAAAAGGCACGUUAAACAAAAUGGUGGCUUUACGCUCGUUUUCUGUUUUCCAGAUUGAUAUGAAUAAGCAGUGACGUAAUUAUAGGUUAGGUCUUUUAGACAGGACGAAAAAGUCUUGUUGACAAAAGAUUUGUUCUAGAAGAAGAGCGCAAGACCAGUCGAUGUCAGCUUUCAGUGAAUUAAAUUCAGCUCCAUUUUAGUACAACUACAUAGAUCACAGAGCAGAUUUUGAUGAAGAACCGUCAGCUUCACUUCAUCACAACUCCUCAUAACCAACUGGUGUAGCUCUCACGCAACAAUUAACAGUAAAAGAAUGUGGUUUUAAGGGUAAUACAGAAAGUCAUAUCUCUCAUUAAAUCAUCCUAGAGGGACCGAGAGGAGCCGUUUUUACAACCCCAAGAAGACAUCUCAGGGUUUGCUUUUUUCAGACAUGAUUGUGGUGAACCAAGAAAAUAGCUGAAAUUUACUAUCAUAGCCCAAAAAGGCCGGGGUCCAGGAGCCGCCUAGGCCCCGGAAGCUAGAAAAAUCUGCGGAAAACAGGUAAAUUAAUCGAAACUGAACAAAGAAAAAGCGGAAUUCCGCUAAAAAGCGGGAAAAAAUCAUGCCUGUUUUUUGGAGUUUUCUACGUAAGGGCACCUCCAGAAUGCAUCAUCUCCGCUCACCGUGCACUCCAUAAAACCAAACGUAGUUCCAUGUUCCAUUUGAAGUAUUUUUUUGUUUAAAGUCUGGAGACGUUUAGAAGGCUGUCCUCUCUCCAUCUACUAUUAUUGUCCAACGACAUAGUUUCAAUCGAAAAUGUGUUACUGCAUAUAUAUACAGCUUAACUUUGCGGUGUAUUGAAGAAAGACAAAAACAAAAACACAUCGACUUCAGUGUGCAUAUGAAUGUCUGUGAAUACACGCGUUACGUGGUUUCUAAUGCAACAUUUCACAAUUUCCAUCAUUUUAUUGCAAGUUGUUAAGGGUCACAUCGCAUGUACA